AUGACGGACUGGCAGCGGAGGUGCAGGUGGGCUCAGCCCUGGACCCUGCUCUUGCUUCUCUUAGGUCCCUGGCUCCUGGUGAGUCACAGCUGGGGUCCCGCAGAGAAAGAGGGAGAUGAUGACCAGAGAUUCUUGAAGAACUACCCCCCUGCCACCGUGGAGUAUGCCUUGCACAUGUACAACCGGACGAGCCAGGGCAGGAGGGCCUACAAAGAGGUGCGUGUACUGUGGUCGUGGAAGGAUCCUGUAGUGUCUGUCCAAACCCAGGUGGACGUCGGCCUGGUGUUCUCCAUGGAGCUGCAGUUCGCCCGAACCAGGUGCGGGAAAUUUCACAUCGACAACUGUCUUUUUCAAGCAACUCCAGACGUGAACAAUACUGACGCCUGCUACUUUACAAUCACCACUGACCCAUGGAGAACAAAGUUUAAACUCCUGAACGACACCUGCUUGGAGGACUCCACCGAGUGA